CGUGUUAAAAUGUCGAUUGGAAAGGUAUCGAUCUUCGGCCCUCAUAAAGGAAUUCCAACGAUGGUAGCUAGUCGUAUGCAAAGGUGGGCUAUCAUUUUAUCUGCUUAUGAUUUUGAAAUAGAGUAUGUUAGGUCGGAGAGAAAUGGUGCCGACGGGUUGUCGCGUUUACCGAUAAAUAGUAAGCAAGAUGUCACUGUGCCGGAACAAACUUAUUUGCAUUUUGUUCAACAGGCUUUAUUGUUAGAUUAUAAAGAGUUAAAACUACAGACUAGUAAGGAUCCGGUUUUAUCGAGGAUAUUGAGUUUUUUGCGCGAUGGUUGGCCAAGAGACUGUGAUAUCGAAGAGUUUAGACCUUAUUUUAAUCGGAAAGAUGAACUCUAUGAAGAAUUGAGUUGCGUGUUGUGGGGGCAUAGAUUAUUGAUUCCGGUGAAGUGUAGGGAAAAAGUUUUGAGGAUGCUCCAUGAGCCCCAUAUGGGUAUAGUUAAAUCCAAGGCUAUGGCUCGUAGUUACGUAUGGUGGCCCGGAUUUGAUGAAGAAAUAGAGCGCAUGUGUCGUAGUUGUGAGAUAUGUGCUGCUCAGGCGGAUGCUCCGCCGCGGCAAACUCCGAGUAUGUGGCCGUGGCCGAAUCAUCCAUGGACCAGGCUGCAUUUAGAUUUCAUGGGGCCCGUAUUUGGGAAAACAUACUUGAUCGUAGUGGACGCUACAUCUAAAUGGACGGAACUUUUCCAUAUGAGUAAUACAACAGGACCGAAGGUCAUAGAUAAGUUAUGUGAACUUUUAGCAGAUGGGGCCUACCCAAGCAGAUCGUUACGGAUAAUGGGCCCCAGUUUACGUGCAAUGAGUUUGGUAGUUUCCUUAAAUCUAAUGGUAUAGAUCAC